UCCAUUUUGGAUGGUUCCAUUUCUGUUUUUACCGAAAUACCCAGAUCAUCAACCAUCAAACUGGAAUCUAACACCAUACCUGACCAGCUGGUAUUGCCAUCAAUAUCAUCCCGGCCCCAAGACUUCAAUUCAUUUCUACUUUUACAGAAGAAGACUCCUCCAGCCCCAAACGAAGUCCAUUGGUCUCAACUCUCAACGCGGAAGGACAGCAUGGUCUUUUUCUUUUUUUGGCUUCAUGACAACAUGGUGUUUUUGUGAUAUUAAGAGAAGAAACCGUGAAUUCACAAAGAAUGUCAGUUUCGUAAAUUCACAUCAAGAUAAAGGCUAUUGCCCUUUUUUCCAAACCAAGAAGAAGAUAAGAACACGAAGGAGGCCAGUCAGUAGGAGAGAAAGGCCAAGAGAAGCAGAGAAAGACUUAUUAACAACACGGCCACGGAGUGACCAACCAUGGCGAACGCCACCACCGUCGCCUCCGCAAAGCGGUGGAAGCUAGAAGAUCAGACCGGUUACGACCCUCUAAUACCAGGACUUCCGGACCACCUUGCGCAGCUCUGUCUCUCGCUCGUUCCUCCUGCGUUGCUCUACUCCGUCUGCCGCUCAUGGCGACGUUUUAUCUACUCUUCUUCCUUCCCUCCAUUUCUCUGUCUCUACGCUCUCCUUUCUAGACCCACCCCAACCACCACCCAAUCCUCUGUUAACCAAGACCAAUCCAAUUCAAUCGAAUUCUUCUCGUUCGACCCCAUCUCAUCAACGUGGGAUCGACUCCCCCCGCCUCCAAGGGAUCCCUCCCUCCUACCGCUUCUCCUCCGCCACCCGUCCUUCAUAGCCCGAAACUUCCCCAUCCAAUCUGUUGCUGUCUCGGGCAAUCUCGUCCUGCUGGCAGCCACCACACACCACCUCCUCCCAGCCCUCCCUCGCCCUCUGGUCUUUGACCCGGGCUCCAACCGAUGGAGACUGGGCCCCACAAUCUCCACCCCUCGCCGCUGGUGCGCCACGGGCUCUGCUGAGGGCGCAGUCUAUGUAGUGAGUGGCUUAGGGUCGCAUUACAAUGGAGAGGUGGCCCGAUCUGCAGAGCGGUGGGACUUGAAGAACAGGACGAGAUACUCAUACUCGUGUUGGGAUUGGGAGAAGGUGGCUGCACUCAAGCACGGGAGGUUUAGUCGGGAGGCAGUGGAGGCUGUGGGGUGGAGAGGGAAGCUUUGUAUGGUGAACGUCAACGGGAGUGCACUCAAAGAAGGAGCAGUUUACGACGUGGACAAGGACCAGUGGGAGGAGAUGCCGGAAGGGAUGCUGGUAGGCUGGAACGGGCCGGCGGCGUCGAUGGACGAAGAUGUGCUGUAUGUGGUUGAUGAGAUGAAAGGGGUACUUGGCAGAUACAACCCUUGUGGAGAUUGCUGGGAGGAGCUCAUUGAGUCAGUCCAUCUAAAAGGGGCGGUUCAAAUUGCAGCUGGCGGGGGUAGAGUUUGCGCUAUUCGUGCACACCAAAGUGCCAUUGCCGUGGUGGAUGUAGUCGCCAGGCCGCCGCGACUGUGGGUUGUGGAUCCACCGUCAGCGUUACACGCUCUCGCUGUUCAUAUCUUGCCGAGGACGACGAUUAGUAGGCCGGAACCGGAUUCCUGAUUCAUUUAAUCAUUCAAAGUCAAGCCCCCCCUUCACCAGCGGACAGCAGAAUGUUCUCCCCGGGCGAGAAGUCACUUUUCUUUUUGAUUUUGUUUUUAAAUUCGAGUUUGUUAAUCGUAUGAUGACAUUUCCAUUGUCAUCCCAGUCAAAUCUUUUCUUGCCUUAAAUGCCCCCCCCCCAAAAAAAAAAACUUGUCUCUCGUCUCCUUGACAUUGAACUCUGAACGUAAAGACAAAGAAACACUUUUUCUAGUCUUUUGGUUGAUUCAACCUCAUCCCGUUGGAGCUGGCGUGUGGGGGUUAUGGAACGCGGAUGCGAUGGUUGCUAUGGAACUGGCGUGUGGGGGUUAUCAUUUGAAUGAUUGGUUCACAGCCCACUGAAAUAACAGUCAUUGCGUGUUUUUUUCAGCUAA